UUGUGUCCACUGAGCUAAACAAUGAUCCAACCUUUGACUAAAACAGUCAAAAGGUUUCCGUCGAAGUCACGGACAUUGAAUUUGAAAAAAAAAGCUACGUCGGAGGUUGUCAUUAUUGAGAAUUACACGAGCUAUGUGUGUUGUAGACCGUGGAAAGAAGCUUUUAGGUAAAACAUUUCAAACGUCAUGUCACAGAGCUGCUGGUUACACUGGAAAAGCUUAUUUGAAGGGCUUCUCUGGUUGUCCCGGCAUGCAUUUCUUCUGCCCUCUUCUGUUUCACUUUCAGUCUAGCAGCGUUUGAGACAACGAACAGAGAACGACACGAGUUUCCUGUUGUGAGAGCCGCCAUGUUUCCACUCUUGAUGGUGCUCCUUGUGCCAUUUCCUCCAUCAUUUGGAGCUCAGAUACCAAAUCAAGCCCAAACGAAAGAGUUCCCCAGAGCCACGAAUGGCCAGAUGUUCCCCUGGGACCGCAUGAGGCUUCCCAAAGUCAUCUCGCCACUCCAUUACGACCUGAGCAUUCACCCCAACCUCACAACUCUUGACUUCACCGGUGUGGUUCGCAUAGAACUGGAUGUGCACGAGGACACCAAAGCAGUGAUCCUACAUGCCAAGCAUCUUCACAUAUCCAACGCCCUGCUCCUGGCACCUGAAGGCAUCAGGCCCCUGCAAGUGCUGGAGUAUCCUCUCUUCCACCAGCUCGCCCUGCUCUCAGACUCAGUGCUGACCAAAGGUAGGAAGUAUGAAGUCCAGCUGGAGUUUGCUGCCAAUUUGUCUGACAGCUACCACGGAUUCUACAAGAGCAGCUACCGCACCAGCACUGGGGAAGUCCGGGUCAUGGCAUCUACGCAGUUUGAGGCGACUUUUGCUCGUGGAGCCUUCCCAUGUUUCGACGAGCCCGCUUUUAAGGCUAACUUCACCAUCCAGAUUAUAAGAGAGCCACGCCACAUUGCCAUUUCCAACAUGCCCAAGGUGAAAACAGUGGAGCUUCCAGGUGGAUUGCUUGAGGAUUACUUUGACACGACUGUGAAAAUGAGCACUUACCUGGUGGCCUACAUCGUGUCGGACUUCCUGUCUGUGAGCAAGACCACUCAGCACGGUGUCAAAAUUUCUGUCUAUGCUGUCCCCGAGAAGAUUGACCAGACAGCCUUUGCUCUGGAUGCUGCAGUCAAGCUGCUGGACUUUUAUGAUGAUUAUUUUGAUAUACCUUACCCACUUCCAAAACAGGACCUGGCUGCCAUACCUGACUUCCAGUCCGGUGCGAUGGAGAACUGGGGGCUGACCACAUACAGGGAGACCGGCCUCCUCUUCAACCCCGAAAAGUCCUCUGCCUCUGACAAACUGGCCAUCACAAAGGUCAUCGCACACGAGCUUGCUCACCAGUGGUUUGGGAACCUGGUAACGAUGGAGUGGUGGAAUGACUUAUGGCUCAACGAAGGCUUCGCCAAGUUUAUGGAGUUUAUUUCCCUUGACAUCACCUACCCAGAUCUUCAUGUGGAUGACUUCUUCUUGGGCAAAUGUUUUGAGGCUAUGGAAGUAGACUCCCUCAGCUCCUCCCACCCCGUUUCCACCCCCGUGGAGAACCCCACCCAGAUCCAGGAGAUGUUUGAUGAUGUGUCAUACGACAAGGGAGCGUGUAUUCUAAAUAUGCUGCGAGACUUCAUCACUCCUGAGGCCUUUGAGAUCGGAAUCAUCAGAUAUCUGAAGCGCUACAGCUACCAAAACACUGUGAACAGCCACCUGUGGGAGAGCCUGACUGAUAUCUGCAGCUCUGAUGAUUUGGAUGAAGGACGCAUUAAACACACUGAAUUCUGCUCCAAACGUCAGCUCCAAGCAGGAGUCUCUAAGUGGUACUCGGGCGAUGAGCUGGAUGUCAGGGCCAUCAUGGACUCGUGGACGCUGCAGGAGGGCUUCCCCCUUGUCACUGUGGAGGUCAGAGGUCGGGAGGUCAGACUUAGCCAGGAGCGAUACCUCCGGACAGACGACCGCUCACUCACUGAAGGGUUCCUAUGGCAGAUCCCACUGACCUACAUGACCAGCUCCUCCAACCACAUCCACCGUUUCCUGCUCAAAACAAAGACCGAUGUCCUGUACCUGCCAGAGGAGGUGGACUGGGUGAAGUUCAACGUGAACAUGAGCGGCUACUACAUGGUCCACUACGCCGGCGAGGGCUGGAACUCCGUAAUCAGACUGCUGCAGCACAACCACACCGCUCUGAGCGGCAACGAUCGGGCCAGCCUCAUCCACAACAUCUUCCAGCUGGUCAGUGUCGGAAAGGUGAAGCUGGACACCGCCCUGGAGCUGUCCCUGUACCUGUCCAAGGAGACGGAGAUAAUGGCCGUGACUCAGGGCUUCGGGGAGCUCGUACCCCUCUACAAGCUGAUGGAGAAGAGAGACAUGGCCACGCUGGAGAACCAGAUGAAAGUGAGGCGGAAUAUACAAGCUUUUCAUUUAGCGUCAAAUCCUGACAAGAUCCGGUGGAGCGACUCAGGCUCAGUGUCUGAGAGAGUGCUGCGGAGUUACCUGCUGCUUUUCGCCUGCGUCAGGAACCACGCCCCCUGCCUGGCCAAAGCCACGCGGCUCUUUGAACAGUGGAAAGACUCCGAUGGAACCAUGAGCCUCCCCGUUGAUGUCACAAUGGCCGUGUUUGUGAUCGGAGCUCGCACGCCUGAAGGGUGGAACUUCCUGUUUGAGAAAUACCGCAGUUCCCAGCAGAUGUCUCUCAAGAGUCGCUUGAAGGUUGCCAUGACCGUCAGCCCACUGCAGGACAAACUCAAAUGGAUGAUGGAGCAGAGCCUCCUCGGGGAAGUGAUGAAGACGCAGGACCUCCCUGAUGUGGUGGUCUCUGUCAGCAAGAACCCACGGGGCUACAAACUGGGAUGGGACUUCCUCCGAGCCAACUGGCACACGCUCAUAAAGAAAUUUGACUUGGGCUCCAGCACCAUCUCCUACAUGGUGAAUGGAGUGACCAACCAGUACUCCACCAGGGAAAUGCUUCAGGAGAUACGAAGCUUCUUUGACGCCUUGACUGAGGAAACGGGCUCAAAGAUGAGAUGCAUCCAGCAGACGUAUGAGACCAUCGAGGAUAACAUCCGCUGGAUGGACAGUAACCUGCCUCUGCUGCAGGCCUGGCUGAACAAACGCCGGCCCACAACACCUCAUGAAGAUUUAUAGCUCCAGAGGAGACUCAGUGUGGAUAGCAGAAGUAGAAACAGAAGAGUGGACUCAAAUGACAAAUUCUAAUAUUUUUUCCCUUCACAACAACAAUCAAAUGCCUGUUUCGGCUAAACUCUGGCAAAUAGUAACAGUUCCCUUUGGCUUACUUUAAAUACAUUCAGUGGUACACUUGACCUUCUGAUUGUUAUUCAUAGAAUUGUAUAUUAUUUAUAGAUUAUUUAACACGCCAAAACUGACCAUGACACUGACUUGACAGCAAGUCUUGAUUUGCAACAUGCAAACGAAUGUUACUCUUUAAGAAAAAAGAAAAAAACAAAUGUGAAAAAAAGGAAAUACCCUUAAUGUCAUUAUCUCAAGAACUGUCAGGGUUUCCUGGUUUGCACUAGUUAGUUAAAAGAUUUCUAUGAAACUUUGUGCCUCGUGAAACCACUUGGUACACGACUCAACACAGGGCCUGAAUAAGUCUGAGUUGAGUCUAUCUGAAAGCGUGUUUUUGUUUUUUUUUUCAGUGUGAGGUAGUUGUGAUUCGUUUUUCUUCACUGCUGUGAAGAAAAAUAAACUUUUUUAGAAUUAGUGUUGCAUUAUUAGAACACAAAUAUGCAACACACAGGUUCACUGUAUUUGGUGAUGUGGUUCUAGUUUGAAAAAACAACAACCAGAUGCAGACGUAUGUGUUACUUAAUAUUACAGAAAUAACAGUACCUGACCCUUUUCAAUUCACAAACUGCUGAAGCAAAGUGACCUAAUAUGUCAAAUCUUUUUCUCUCAACAUUUUCUUCUAUCAUCAUGAAUUUCCAACAUGAACUACAUCAAAAUGAGUUAACAUCCAAUUGUUUUCCUAUUGCUUUUUCCCAAAAACUAUUUUUGUAAAACUGAAUAAUGAACCGAUAAAGCCAAUUCGAUUUAAUUGUCAAUUGUUUUUCUCUUAUUUCAUUGUGUUCUACACUAUCAGCUCUCUGUUAACAUUCAGCAUCAGGGAAACUGGUGCUGUUACUUUAAAUAUUCUAAUGCUGCCAUAAAUUCUCCUGCUUUUGCCAUAGACUCAUGAAACACAAAGACUUAUCCCAGAAGUUAAAAAUGUAAACAUUAGACGUGAUAAUAAGGACUG